AUGAGCUCAUUAGCGCAACCCAGCGCCAUCUUCCACCGCUCGCUCAACAAGAACUACGAAAAAGCCGUUGGCGGCGAUGGCAUUUACAUCGUCGCCCCUGAUGGCUCUCGAACGCUCGACGGCAGCAGCGGCGCCGCCGUCUCCUGCUUGGGCCAUGGACACAAAGCAGUGAUCGAUGCCAUCGUUGAGCAAGCUCGCAAAAUGGCCUUCGCGCACACGUCCUUCUUCACCAACAAUCCAGCAGAAGAGCUCGCCCAGUUGCUCAUCGACCAAAGCGACAACGCAUUCACCAAAGUCAUGUUCCUCAGCUCUGGCUCAGAAGCGGUCGAGUCGGCCAUUAAAUUGGCCCGCCAGUACCAUGUCUCACGCGGCGAACCGAAACGGAGCAAUUUCAUCUGCCGAAAGUACGCGUACCAUGGUAACACGCUGGGCGCCCUUUCCGCCGGGUACAAUCCACCAAGGAGAGAGACGUUCGAGCCGCUCUUGUCUCCAGCAUUCCACCACGUCUCUCGCUGCCUCUACCCCCAGGAUGGCAGGGAAGGCGAGAACGAAGAUGCGUACGUCGACCGUCUGAUCCAAGAGUAUGAAGACAUGUUCACAGCCCUCGAUCCGUCAUCUGUUGCCGCCGUUCUGAUAGAAACUAUGGGAGGGGCGACGCUCGGCGCCGCGCCCGCUGCACGAGGAUACCUGGCCCGCCUGAGAGAAUUGUGUGACCAGCACGGGGCGCUGUUGAUCUUUGACGAGGUCAUGUGUGGUAUGGGUCGGGCAGGAACACUGCACGCCUGGCAGUCACUGGGCAAUGUGGCGCCAGACCUGCAGACGAUCGGGAAGGGUUUGGGGGCAGGAUACCAACCGAUCUCCGCGAUCCUGGUCGGACGGCAGGUCCAUCAAGUCAUACAGUCGUCACAGGAUAAGUAUCCUUUUGUCAGCGGUCACACCUACCAAGGCCACGCGAUCGGCUGCGCUGCUGCACUGGCGACCCAGCACACAAUCAUCAAGGAUGAUUUGCUUGCCAACGUGAGACAAAUGGGAGAUCUCUUGGAUCGGGAGCUCAGGAAGCGAGUGCCCAAGUUGAAGGAGAUUCGGGGGCUCGGUCUGUUCAAGGCAGUCGAAUUUGCGACACAGCCCGAUCAACGGAUUGCCGCAAAUAUAGCGAGCACCUGUCUCACCAAUGGGCUGGCAGUGUAUCUGUGUUCGUCGGCGGUGGAUGCGGUCCUGUUUGCUCCGCCGUUCAUCAUCACAGAGGAAGAGGUGCACCAGCUCGUCGACAUAUUUGUGGCAUCGACGAACCAGGUGCUUCAAGAAAAAGGCAUAUAA